UUCUCUAAAACACGAUUGGUUCAAACACUACAAACUUUCGUGUAAUCCAAUUAAACGUAAAUGCGAUGAAUAAACGUUUUAUUGUGGAACAUGAAGUCAUCCGCCGAAUGUGCCUUUUUGCUGAAGUGGACCAAUCAAAGCUCGUGAAGGCUCAUAUCUAUAAUCUCAUUGGAUCUCCUUUAAGAACGAAAAGUGCCGAUGCUGGGGUGUUUAUUAAACUGUUGGCUUGUGAAACAGACAUAGUGUACAUAUUGUGUCUGGAAUCAUCAGCCAGGAAGGAUGGAGAUCAGGCCAUUGCUCAUGUGCUUUGCCCUCUGCGUGGUCUAUGCCACCAGUAAACCCACAGAGAAAAAGGAACGCAUUCACCACGAUGCACCUCUAAGCAGCCGCGAGCAUGACGAUGCUCAGGGCUUCGACUACGACCACGAUGCCUUCCUAGGACAAAAGGAGGCCAAGUCUUUUGACGACCUCAGCCCAGAGGAGAGCAAGCGCAGGCUAGGUGUGAUUGUAGAGAAGAUUGAUGGGGACAGUGAUGGUUUUGUCACUGAGGUGGAGCUGAAAGCUUGGAUUAAGAAGGCUCAGAAGAAGUACAUCUAUGAGAACGUGGACCGCCAAUGGAAGGACUUUGAUGUCAACAAUGACGGCAUGAUCUCUUGGGAGGAAUACAGGAAUGUAACUUAUGGUACCUAUCUGGAUGACCCGGAACCAGAUGAUGGUUACAACUACCAGCACAUGAUGGCGAGGGACGAGAGGCGUUUCAAAAUGGCCGACCAGAACGGAGACCAGAUCGCCAACAAAGAGGAGUUUACCGCCUUCCUACACCCAGAGGAGUACGACCACAUGAAGCACAUAGUGGUGCUGGAAACCAUGGAGGACAUUGAUAAGAAUGGUGAUGGUUUCAUUGACCUGAAUGAAUACAUAGGUGACAUGUACAACCAUGAAGAUGAGAUGGAGGAGCCAGACUGGGUUGCUACGGAGCGUGAGCAGUUCUCAGAGUUCCGAGACAAGAACAAAGACGGGAAGAUGGAUCGGGAGGAGACUUUGGACUGGAUCCUUCCUUCAGAUUACGACCAUGCAGAGGCCGAGGCCAAACACCUCGUCUACGAGUCUGACUUGAACAAGGAUGGAAAGCUCAACAAGGAAGAAAUCCUGAACAAGUACGACCUGUUUGUAGGAAGUCAAGCAACUGACUUUGGCGAGGCGCUAGUACGGCAUGAUGAGUUUUAGGUUAUUUGGUGCUAGUUAGAUAAAACAGUUUUAAACUUGAUUUGAUAAAUGAUCAAAUGUAUUUUGUACGAAACCUAUUCAUACACUCCAUUGUCUCCAAUUAGUUUGUGGUUGAUAGCACCCAAUAGUUGUGUGUGUUGUGUUAUUUACUGACUACCCAGCCCAACACUUAAUUUUAUUGUUCUGCUACAUACAUAGGUAGUUUAGAUUGGUCAUUAUUUUUGCCUUGGUUUGAAAUAUGAUGCUAUACUCACAAGCACUGAAUAUUCCUUUUGGAGUUGUAGUAAUUUAUAAUUCUUCCACCAAACCCUUCAUAUGUGGGAAUUAUUUGGUGUUUUUUACAGUCAUGUUUUGAAUGACACUGAUUGUAGUGAUAGCCCAUAAUUUCUUAGUAUAGUUAGUAGAUGAGAGAUGCUACCCAACGUUAGCCUCAUACGUUUCCUUUUACCCAGUGUGUGCCUUCUCUGAGUAGUCUUUUGGAAGCUCAACCAAUGAAACCGACACGUAAUAUUAGAGGGUCAUAGGAACGUGAGUCCACUACAGUGAAAUCAUCCUUCACCCUGCUCUGUUUCUCCAUAAACACUCUCUUUGACCCCCUCUUCUUCAUAUGUACUGUAUUUGUCUAUCAUGACUAGGGUUGUUAUUACAAUGUUGCCAAGUUCAUCACUGCUUCUGUAGCCUUCUCUCCUGUCAAUCACUGCCUCUCAAUAGUCUAGAGUGGCUUCCUCGCCUCCAUCUGCACUGAUCUAGAAACAAAUGAUAGGGGAAAGAAAUAUGUUGGAUGACCAAUGUGACACAAGAAAAGGAAACCAUUUUAGACUAUUGAGACCCAGCACACAUGUGAGCACACAUCUUUCUAUUGGUUACAAAUAAAAGCGGUUGUACUUCCUUCCUAUGGGGCAUGCGGAACUGAAAGGUUGGUGCAUUGCAGCGUUGUUACUGAAUUCCGCUUGCUCUAAAUUAAGAUUAUGUUGUAGUAUUUACAUACUUCGCAAGUGUUUAUUUUCUGAGUUUAUGCAUAGACUGUAUGGAUAUUCAUAUUUUGGAUUAAAUGCUUUACUUUGGAUUCCACAGCCCAUUUCUCAAUAAAAAAACAAAUUGAGUAAACUUAA